AAUAAUUUUAAUUUUUAAGCAAGAAAUUAGAUCAUGAAAACGGACCAGCUUCACUAUAAAAGAGUAUAAAGCAGGCCAAAGCCGUCUCAUCAGAAAAAAGCUUGGAAUAUACACACGGAAUCAUCAACAUGGGAGAAGAAGGAAAGAGGUAUGCGGUAGUGACUGGUGCUAAUAAGGGGAUUGGUUAUGGGAUAAGCAAGAAAUUGGCUUCAACUGGUAUCAUGGUGGUGCUUACAGCUAGAAAUGAGAAGAGGGGUUUGGAAGCAGUGGAAAGCUUGAAGGAGUUAGGCCUCUCAGACUUUGUGGUUUAUCAUCAACUUGAUGUGACUGACCCUACCAGUGUUGCUGCUUUAGCAGAUUUCAUCAAAACCAGAUUUGGAAGACUUGAUAUCUUGGUCAACAAUGCAGGUAUUGGUGGUGGAAUAGUCGAUGGAGAUAAAUGUUAUAGGAAGCAUUGCGGUGAACAAAUCGAUUGGAAUGAAAUUAUGAGUGAAAACUAUGAGUCAGCCAAAGAAUGUGUUGAAACAAAUUUCUUUGGUGCUGAAAGAGUAACUGAAGCUCUUCUUCCCCUGCUUCAACUCUCAACCUCACCCAGGAUUGUUAACGUCUCCGGUAAAAUUGGACAAUUGAAGUAUAUGCCAAAUGACUGGGCAAGAGGAGUGUUUAGUGACAUUGAAAACCUUACCAAUGAAAAACUCGGCGAGGUGCUUAGGGAGUUUCUGAAAGAUUACAAAGAAGGAUCACUGGAAACCAACAACUGGCCAUCUUUUUAUAAAGGCUACACCAUGUCAAAAACAGCUUUAAAUGCCUACACAAGGAUGCUGGCAAAGAAGUUCCCUCAAUUUCGCAUAAAUUGUCUAUGCCCUGACUAUGUCAAAACUGAUAUUAACCAUAACACAGGCACUAUAAGCAUUGAUGAAGGUGCUGAAAGCCCUGUUAGGCUAGCAUUGCUACCAGAUGAUGGUCCAACUGGUCUUUUCUUUUCUAGGGAUGAAGAGUUUCCCUUUUGAAUUUGAUCUGUAUGGAUGCUUUGGGAACUAGCAAAGAUUAUGAUUCUGAAUGCCUACACAAGGAUUCUGGCCAAGAAAUACCCUUUAUUCUGCAUCAAUGCUGUUUGUCCUGGUUAUGUGAAAACGGAUAUUACCUACAAUUUAGGCCUUCUAACACCUGAUGAAGGUGCUGCAGCUGCUGUCAGGUUGGCACUGUUACCCCAUGGUAGUAGUCCUUCUGGCCUUUUCUUCUAUCGAAGUGAAGAGAAACCAUAUUGAUCAAGGAAUAAUGCAUAGUUAUGCUAUACACAGGUUUAGACACUCUUGUGAAUCAUGUUUUAAACUAUUUUCUUAUGUAAUAACGAGUUGUGUAAGCAAUGAUGUUUUUUUUUUUAACGGGUCAAACACAUAAUCCCCACACCACGACACUUGUAGUCAUGUGGUGACUGGCAGUCCCAUUGCUGCCAGAUGAUGGUCCAUCUGGUCUUUUUAUUUCCAGGGAUGGAGAGUUUCCUUUUUGAAUUUGUUUUGUAUGGAUGCUUUGAGGCACUAUCAUGUAUUCAUGUGUGCUUAUGGUACUAGCAAAGUUAAUGGUUGUGAAUUUGUUGGACA